AUGUUGCCCUCACACUUGGAUCGUUUAUUUGACGCAUUCGACCACAGCAUCACUGAUUCGAUGCCCGCGUCAUGGCAACUCGGAUGGUUAGUUCCACCAUUCAAUUUGCCCCAGACAGCUCUUGACCAUUUCGAUUCUGCUGGGAUUUUACCUCGUCGCCUGCUUCGCGGUCUCCUCGAAGAGUCCUACACAACAGCGUCAGAUGUUGUUGAGGCUGAAAUCACCGUGGAGAGAGCCUGCCAUUUGGAGCCAGACGAAAUGUAG